AUGCAAGGCUUGGAAUACAAACUCAGUCAUGUCAUGAGUCCCGGUGAGAAGAAGCAGCUUCCCUACGUCGUCUUCAUCAAAGCUCCUCGCGAACUCAAUUGGGUAUUCCUAUGGGCAGCAGAUGCGGUACUGAAGCUUCUUUCUAAAAUCUUUCAAGACUCAGUACCAAGGCAAUCCGGGACAGAUUCCCGACUAUUCACUGUCAUCACGAGAGAUCUUGAGGAAAGGGAUGUACUGGUACAAGAACUCGGACGGUUGGGACAGCUAGUAGCCUUCCUUGACUCUGAAGGCAUAAUUCGAGGUCACUGUACUCCAGACAACCUCGGAUUCCUUGUAUUUUAUGAAAUGCAAGUGACGGGAAUUUCGUUCGAACGUCUAAUUCUCUUGGAUGGUGGAGUAAACGCAUAUCGUUCUUGGUCUCGGAUGGUGGGGAUGGCCAGACGAUCCUUGCAUAUAAUUACCACUGACCCACUAGCAUCUGGUCACUGGGAAGAACCUGACCGCCACAAUCUCAUCUCUUGCUCCUAUGAAACACCUCAUGAGCCAUCCCAACGUGAGAGGCUAAGAAAAGCAGGGCUUUUAAAAAAGGUUGAAAUCUUUGACAUCCACGACCUCUUAAAGAAGUAUCGACUUGGGAAUCAUGGGUCUCCUGAUCCACGAGUCCUGGAACGACUUUUGGAGAAUAUGCUUGAAGAGGAAGAAGAGCAAAGACUCCACAUUGCCUUCGACGAUGCUCCUGUUCACCCUAUUGGUCAUGAAUCUGGGGACACAAAAUGGCUCACAGGAGAAUGGGAAGAUAUUCUCGGGUCACUUUCAUCCAAUGCCUCUCUCGUUUCUCUCACAAUUGCUUUUCAACCCUAUAUCCGCUAUGCAACUACUACUUUCGACGUGAGGGAAUUCAAGAACAAAUUCCAACUACCCCCAGAAAAGGGGGUGAAUAUCAUAAUCCAGGAGGGUUCCCAAGAUGUGGGCUUCCCCAACCUCCUAGAUUAUGUCCUCUUACAUGAAUCCCCACAAGAGCUGAGGGUGAAGCAUGGGGUCUUGAACACGAACCCCAGGCCAUCGUGUCUGGUGUCCGGGGAGAAACCAAUCCUCAUCACUCCUCCUUCACGAACACAUUACCACCAUCAGGGAGUCAAGUGCGAUGGUCGUCAUGGUAGAAAAUGCGUCGCUAUGACUGCUGCUGAUUACCUCCACUUCAACGAACGAUCUGGUUGGAAGGAGAAUGUCGUGGUGCUUAUCUCGGACGGUGAAAUCCUGGAGAACUUCACUUCGACUUCAAAGGAUAAAACGGUACAAAUACAUCACCCACGGGAUUUCCGAGGCAUGGAAAUUUCCGAAGUGAUGUGCGUGGGCGUUGAGGACUCAUGGGUCGUGGAGGGGAUCUCUCGAGCCAUCCGGACUCUAUUCAUUGUCGAUGGGGGAACUCAUUUGGCAGCAAAAAACCGAAUGAAGCUCUGGUUGGAGAUGGAGAGAAGAGGCCUCCUUCUCCACCGGCCCCUGAAAUUCUAUCCUCCUCUCCGCUCUUCUCUGGAUGACUCUGAAGCAUUUUUGAAUCAACAAAGUCAUACUCUUAAGGUGCUGUUUCCAGAAAUCAACUUGCAUCGUGCGAUUUUCAUACCUCUCUCUCGGUAUCUCCAGAAAAAGGGAUGGAAGGAAACCAACGGAGGACUUCUCUGCCAGAAGGUGAUUCACACCACAACCCAGUAUCUAGUCUCUCGUAAAAGCACCAUUCAAUUCUACAGCAAAUAA